CAUGUGCGGAACAGAUGGUGUUUCCGGUAUGGCUCCUGUCGUGACAGUAUCUAAGGCCCAAGUCCGAGGAAGUCCUAACACCGUGGGAUAGAAGCCACACAAAGUGGGUAAUCACAGUGAAUGAGAGAUAAGCACUCGAAAUUAAAUAUCGUCGAUCAACUAAAUAGAGCUGCACACCGUCUUCAAAAAGCCUUUUGAAGAUGUGGAGAGGCUUGUUCUUUUGCAGGGAAGCCUGAGGCAUUCAUUCACUGAUUUCAUCAUGAAGUUUUUCCACAGCCACACAAUUACUACUUGGAACUGGUGAAAGAGACGAUGGUUUGAAGGGAACUAAAGUGGACGACGGGAGGAGCUCUGCCCACUCAUCGCCACCUCUUUCAAGCAUGGCAGGCCUGCAGCUUGUCACCCCGGCCACGUCUCCCAUGGGGCCUUUUUUUGGACUUCCAUGGCAACAGGAGGCGAUCCAUGAUGACAUCUAUACGCCUAGAAAAUAUCAGGUAGAACUUCUGGAAGCAGCUCUUGAGCACAAUACUAUCGUCUGCUUGAACACCGGCUCAGGGAAGACUUUCAUUGCAGUUCUUCUAACAAAGGAGCUCUCCCACCAAAUCCGUGGACAAUACCAAGGAAAUGCGAAAAGAACUGUAUUUCUUGUCAACUCAGAUCAUGAGCUCAACACGGGCUGGGACCUUGUCAGUGAUAUUGUACACAGCCUUGUGUGUUGUUCAGCAAGCGGCUGCUGUCCGGACACACUCUGACCUCCAGGUGGGAGAGUAUACAGAUUUAGAAGAGACCUCAGCAUGGUCGUACCAACAGUGGAAUGAAGAGAUCAGCAACAACCAGGUGCUGGUUAUGACUUGCCAUAUAUUCUUGCACGUGCUGAGGCGACAAAUACUGCCCUUGUCAAAAAUCAACCUGGUGGUUUUUGAUGAUUGCCAUCUUGCCAUCACCGAUCACCCCUACUCUGAGAUCAUGAAGCUUUUUGACGGCAGCUUGUGCAAUCCUCGCAUUCUUGGUCUCACGGCCGCCAUUCUGAACGGGAAGUGUGACCCAUCAGAUCUUGAGCAGAAAAUCCAGAAUUUGGAGCAAGUCCUGAAGAGCAACGCUGAAACUGCCACAGAUCUUGUAGUUCUUGACAGAUAUGCCUCUCAGCCAAGAGAAGUUGUUCUUGACUGUGGCCCCUAUGCGGACAAGACCGGGCUCUCUUCUCGUCUAGAAGCGGAGUUGGACGAAGCGCUCCUCUUCUUGAAUGACUGCAACAUAUCUGUUGGAAGAGAAGACAGGGAUCCUACGGCCAUCUCUCGACAGGUGUUAAGCGACUGCAGGGCUGUGCUGCAGGUGCUGGGGCCCUGGUGUGCGGAUAAAGCAGCAGGGAUCAUGGUGCGCGAGCUCCAGAAGUACAUCAAGCACGAAAUGGGAGAGCUGAAUCGCAAGUUUCUGCUCUUCACUGACACAAUUCUUCGAAAAGUGCACGCUCUGUGUGAGGAGCACUUCUCCCCUUCCUCCCUGGACCUCAAGUUUGUCACGCCAAAGGUCCUCCGUCUGCUGGAGAUCCUGCAUGAAUAUAAGCCCUUUGAACGGCAACAGUUUGAGAGCGUGGAGUGGUACAACAACCGCAACCAGGACAACUACGUGUCUUGGAGUGACUCUGAGGAUGACGACGAGGAUGAAGAGGUGGAGACCAAAGAGAGGCCGGAGGCCAACUUCCCGUCGCCGUUCACCAACAUCCUGUGUGGAAUUAUCUUUGUGGAGAGGCGGUACACAGCAGUCGUCCUUAAUCGUCUGAUCAAAGAGGCGGGGAAGCAGGAUCCAGAACUGGCUUACAUCAGCAACAACUUCAUCACUGGCCACAGCAUUGGCAAGAGCCAGCCGCGGAACAAGCAGAUGGAAGUGGAAUUCAGGAAGCAAGAGGAGGUUCUUCGCAAAUUCCGGGCUCAUGAAACGAACCUGCUGAUUGCCACCAGCGUUGUGGAGGAAGGUGUGGACAUUCCAAAGUGUAACUUGGUGGUACGCUUUGACUUGCCUACUGAGUACAGGUCCUACGUCCAGUCCAAAGGCAGAGCUCGGGCUCCCGUUUCCAACUACAUCAUGUUGGCCGACAGCGACAAGACCAGAAGCUUUGAAGAAGAUCUCACCACCUACAAGGCCAUAGAGAAGAUCUUGAGGAACAAGUGCUCCAAGUCUGUGGAGGUUGGCGAGUUUGAGGGAGAGCACGUGUUUGACGACGACAACAUCCUCCCUCCGUACGUGCUUCGGUCGGAGGACGGAGGUCCCCGGGUCACCAUCAACACGGCCAUCGGGCACAUUAACAGGUAUUGCGCUCGGCUGCCCAGUGACCCCUUUACACACUUGGCACCCAAGUGUAAGACGACAGAGACGCAAAACGGACGAUUCCAGUCCACGCUUUAUUUACCAAUCAACUCCCCACUAAGAGUUCCUGUCAAGGGUCCAAAAAUGAAUUGUGGCAGGUUGGCGGAGAAAGCCGUAGCACUACUAUGCUGUGAGAAACUCCACAGAAUAGGCGAGCUAGACGAUCAUUUGAUGCCGGUGGGGAAGGAGACCGUCAAGUACGAGGAAGAGCUCGACCUUCAUGACGAGGAGGAGACCAGCGUGCCUGGCCGGCCCGGCUCCACAAAGAGGCGGCAGUGUUAUCCUAAAGCUAUCCCAGAGUGCCUGCGGGACAGUUAUGCCGUACCCGAGCAUACCUACUACCUGUACGUGAUUGGGAUGGUCCUCACCACCCCUCUCCCCGAUGAGCUCAACUUCCGCCGAAGGAAGCUUUACCCGCCAGAGGACACCACCAGAUGCUUCGGUAUCCUGACAGCCAAGCCCAUACCGCGAAUCCCCCAUUUCCCGGUGUACACACGCUCCGGUGAGGUGACCAUCUCCAUCGAGCUUCAGAAGUCCGGCUUCACCCUGGCCAGCGCCCAGCUUGACCUGAUCACACGCCUGCACCAGUACAUCUUCUCCCACAUCCUGCGCUUGGAGAAACCCGCACUGGAGUUCAAGCCCACGUGUGCUGAUUCUGCUUACUGCAUUCUACCUCUCAAUGUUGUUGGAGAUUCCAACACGCUCGAUAUGGACUUCAGGUUCAUGGAGGAAAUUGAAAGGUCUGAGGCCCGAACCGGCAUUCCUACCACUCAGUACACCAUACAGAACCCCUUUACCUUCAGGCUGGAGGACUACCAGGAUGCUGUCAUCAUUCCGAGGUACCGUAACUUCGACCAGCCCCAUCGCUUCUACGUAGCCGACGUGUACACGGACCUCACGCCUCUCAGCAAGUUCCCUUCGCCAGAAUAUGAGACCUUCGCCGAGUACUACAAAACCAAGUACAACUUGGACUUGUCCAACCUCAACCAGCCCCUCCUGGAUGUAGACCAUACCUCAUCCAGACUGAAUCUGCUGACCCCUCGUCACCUGAACCAAAAGGGUAAAGCACUGCCGCUCAGCAGUGCGGAGAAGAGGAAGGCAAAGUGGGAAAGUCUGCAGAACAAACAGAUCCUGGUUCCAGAGCUUUGUGCCAUCCAUCCCAUCCCCGCAUCCCUCUGGCGGAAGGCGGUGUGUUUGCCCAGCAUCCUCUACCGCCUCCACAGCCUCUUGACAGCGGAGGAACUCCGAUCUCAGACGGCCAGCGAAGCAGGAGUUGGAUCGCGAAGCCUUCCUCCGGACUUCAGGUAUCCAAACUUGGAUUUUGGAUGGAAGAAAUCCAUAGACUGCAGAAUAUUCAUAUCCUCUGCCAAUGCCGCCGGUGAGGGUAACGAGGCCAGAGUCAUGUGUUGCAACGAGGACUUUGUGAAUGGCACGACUCCAGCCCUUGACAGCGGCGAAGGCGAGCACCUUCACCGCCAUUACGAUUGCCAAUACUCCCAGUGCAGCUCUUGUGGACUGCAGAGCCCUGAAACUAUACGACCCUCUACCUCAGUUCCUGCGCAGUCUUCUCUCAGCUCGAAGAAUCCCAACACGUGUCCCCCGUGGCAUGGCCACGAAGGUACACAAGCGAGGAACCCGGACCACACACGCAAUGCUACCUCAGCCCCCAGUCGGGCAGAAAAGUGUCCCGACGCUCACAAAGCACCUACACGCAAUGUUGCUGCUGCGCCGCAUCCCAGUCACGUGGCCCGAGACUCCCCAAAAAGCCUGGGACCAAACCCAGGCCUCAUCCUGCAGGCCUUGACCCUUUCCAAUGCCAGUGAUGGUUUCAACCUCGAGCGACUGGAAAUGCUUGGCGACUCCUUCCUCAAGCACGCCAUCACCACGUAUCUGUUUUGCACCUACCCUGAUGCCCAUGAAGGCAGGCUCAGCUACAUGCGCAGCAAGAAGGUGAGCAACUGCAACCUGUAUCGCCUGGGCAAGAAGAAAGGACUCCCCAGCAGGAUGGUGGUGUCCAUCUUUGACCCCCCUGUCAACUGGCUACCUCCUGGCUACGCCGUCAACCAGGACAAGUGCAGUACUGACAAACCGGAGUCAGACGAGGCCAAGGAGGAGCUUCUGUCCAACGGGCGUUCUGCUGACGACUACGACGAGGAGAGCGAGGAGGCGGAUGACGAAGGAGAGCUGAUGUUGAAGGAAGAGCCAAAGGAUGAGGUCAACAUGGAGGAUGACCUGGAGUAUUACAAGGAGCACAUCAAAUUCAUUGACAACAUGCUGCUGGGAUCUGGCGCGUUCGGGAAGAAGAUCUCACUGACCGCCUUCCCUUCGCCGCUCACCGCUGCCUCGGGCCCGUCGCCCUCCGCGGGGGCGGCAUACGACUGGAAGGCCCCCAAGAAGAACCCGUAUCAGGCAGCCCAGCAGCACCCGGAGCCGCUCCCCGCCGUAUCAGCAGCGGAGGACUUUGACUACAGCUCAUGGGACGCCAUGUGCUACUUGGACCCCAGCAAGGCGGGCGAAGAGGAUGACUUUGUGGUGGGCUUUUGGAAUCCGUCAGAGGAGAACUGCGGCACGGAGCUGGGAAAGCAGUCCAUUUCCUACGACCUUCACACAGAGCAGUGCAUCGCAGACAAGAGCAUCGCUGACUGCGUGGAGGCUCUGCUGGGCUGCUAUCUGACCAGCUGUGGGGAGAGAGCUGCCCAGAUGUUUCUCUGCUCACUGGGCCUCAAGGUGUUACCGCUGGAGAGAGGGACCUCAACGGCAGAGAGCCAGCUCAGCCCAGCAUGCACAGUGGGUGACCUGUGCUACGGCUGGUUGAAAAUCCCACCGCGCUGCAUGCUGGAACAUCCAGACGCAGAGAGAACACUCAACCACCUGAUCUCCGGCUUCGAGAACUUUGAAAGGAAGAUCAACUACACUUUUCAGAACAAGGCUUACCUCCUCCAAGCCUUCACCCAUGCUUCCUACCAUUACAACACCGUCACAGAUUGUUACCAACGGUUGGAGUUCCUUGGAGAUGCAAUUCUUGACUACCUCAUUACAAAGCACCUUUAUGAAGACCCACGGCAGCACUCCCCCGGCGUACUGACUGAUCUGCGGUCGGCACUCGUCAACAACACCAUCUUUGCCUCCCUGGCUGUCAAGUACGACUACCACAAGUACUUCAAAGCCAUCUCGCCUGAACUUUUCCACGUCAUUGACGACUUUGUGCAAUUUCAACUUGAAAAGAAUGAGAUGCAAGGCAUGGACUCUGAGCUGCGACGCUCGGAGGAAGACGAGGAGAAGGAGGAGGACAUCGAAGUCCCAAAGGCGAUGGGAGAUAUCUUUGAGUCGCUAGCUGGAGCUAUUUACAUGGACAGCAGGAUGUCGUUGGAGAUGGUGUGGCAAGUGUAUUAUCCCAUGAUGAGGCCGCUCAUAGAGAAAUUCUCUGCAAACGUGCCUCGUUCUCCUGUGAGGGAGCUGCUGGAAAUGGAACCAGAAACCGCCAAAUUCAGCCCCGCCGAGAGAACAUACGACGGGAAAGUCCGGGUGACGGUAGAGGUUGUCGGGAAGGGCAAGUUCAAAGGAGUCGGCCGCAGCUACCGGAUCGCCAAGUCCGCCGCGGCCCGACGAGCUCUGCGCAGCCUCAAAGCCAAUCAACCUCAGGUCCAAAACAACUGAGCUCCUCUCAGCGUCAAGCACCUGCACCAUUGACACAGUAUUUACGUCCCAACACGCCGCAAUGCUCGGCCGUCAGAGGCGGACGAGGGACCGCUGUGUGUGUGUGCGUGUGUGUGUGUGUGUGUGUGUGUGUGUGUGUGUGGUGAUGCAGCACCACAAACAACACAUUUCACGUUUCAUCUUUUUCUUUGUUUUUGCACAAACACAAUCUCUAGCUCCAUUUUUGCUUGGUGUCGUCACCGGCGUGUUUAAUGCCGAGCAAAAGCGUUUCAUUUCUUAACAUCUCCCAUAGGCCAGAGACUCGGCACAAGGCGCCGUAGCACCGUGUACAUCAGGGGUGUCCCACGUGUUUUGUUUUGGUGUUUUACUGGCCCGCGCCACAUUCUUUCAACGAUCAUUUAACAGGAAAACUAUGGUAAAAAUGGAAAAAUCAGCGGUAAUUUUACAAGAAUAAAUUCAAAAUAUUAAGAGAGGAAAAAUUUGUAAUCUAACAAGAAAAAUUCCUCAUUUUACGAGCACGUCCUCAUAUUGUCAGCAAAAGUAAUAAAGUUGAAGUUUUUAUUUUAUUUUUUUCAAGUCAUAUUAUGAGAAACAAAACAACAAAUAAAGUGGGCAUUUUGGAAAAUUUGAAAAAGUUCAAUAUUACAAAAUAAAGUCCAAAUAUGGGAAUCAAGUCCUAAUUACAAGAACAAAGCUGGAAUAGUUGGGGAAAAAAACAGCAGAAAUGGGGAAAAAAAGCUGUAAUCUCACAAGAAUAAAUUCAAAAUAUUGAGAGGAAAAAUUUGUAAUCUAAUGAGAAAAAGUCCUCGUUUUACGAGAAUAAUAAAAAUAAUGUCCCUUUUAGUAGUGUAAAGUUGAAAUGUUCAAGGUUUUGUUUUUUUUUCAAUAUUAAAAUAUUCAAUUUUUUUCAAGACACAAUAUUAUGAGAAAAAAAACAAACAAAGUGGGCAUUUUUGGAAAAUUAGGUUGCAGAAAAAGUCAUAUCACAAGAAUAACGUCCAAAUAUGGGAAUGAAGUCAUAAUGACAUGAAGAAAGCUGAAAUAGUUGGGGGGGGGGGAUGAAAAAAAACAGCUGUAAUUUUUACAGGAAAAAACUUUUUUCUAACUAGAAAGUUAAAAAAAGAAUAAACUCAUAAUACGAGGAAAAGUAAUGACCUUUUAAUAGCAUAUGGUUGAAAUAUUAAAGAAACAUGUUGUUUUUUAAAGUCAUGAGAAAAACAAAACACUUUCAGUUUUUUUAAUAUCAGGUUGGGAGGAAAGUCAUAUUAUGAGAAGAAAAAUUACAAGGAAAAAUAACAGCUGUCAUUUUAUGAGAAUAAAGUCCAAAAUAUUAUGGGAAUAAAGUCAUCAUUACAAAGAACAAAGUUGAAAUAGUUGGAAAAUUUAAAAAAAACAGCAGCAAAUAUACAAAAACCAGCUGUCAUUUUACAAGAAUCAAGUCAAAGUAUGAAGAGAAAAUAGCUGCAUGUUAGAAAGCCGUCAUUUUACUACAAUGAAGUCAAAAUAUGAAGAGAAAAAAGUCAUUUUCUAACUAGAAAAAAGUUGCAAGUUUACAAGAAUAAACUCCUAAUAUUAUGUGUGUUUGUGUGUGUGUGUACAUAUAUUAUUAUUAUUAAUAUUAAUAUUGAGAGAGCUGAACAAAAAAUAAAGUUGUGAAUAUACGACAUGUGGAAUGUUAGGAGGCAAAAUCAUGUCAUUUUAGUAGCAUCUAAAUGAAAUAUUCAACAAAGAGACAAAUGCAAUGAGUUUGAGUCUUAUGGCAAUAAUAUGGCCAGAAGAAAAUGUACAAAGAUUUGAGAAGAAAGCUGAAAAAAACCACCAGCAAAAAUGGGGAAAAAGAGCAAAGCUGAUAUUAAUGAAUCAUUAAUAAAUCAAUCAUGAAUUAAGCUGACAUGCACUUUUAUCUUGAAGUAUACACAGUACUCCCGAGCAUAUGUAGGAAAUCUGAAAGUGUUAAAGUUGCGUCCUUUCAUGAGGGACAAAGUUAGGACACCCCCGGUGUACAUCAUUGAGUAAAAGUACACAGGAAGGUUUCAGGCUCAACUCCUCACCCUGAGCACCAACACACACACACACACACACACACACACACACACUACUGUGUUGCUGUUGGAAAUGUGUUUCUAAUCAUUCUUGCACUUGUAGACUAUCACGGUCUGUCGUUAUGAGUUGUGUGGUCGGGUUGACAACCAAAAUCCUACAGACUGCAAAGUCUGUAAGAAUCUAAAUCUAAAUAUAUAUUACAUUAUAUAUGAAAAUAUCACUUGAUAUGGUUGGCCUCAAACGCCAGGGCUCACCCUCACGUCCUGCAAAACGGAUGGGAUUUGAAGCAAGCACCUGAGGCUGCAUGUUCCCGCGUGUGUGUGUGUGUGUGCGUGUGCGUGUGCGUGUGCGUGUGUAAACCUUGUCAACUGGAUUGCUCUCUUAUUCUCCUGUAGACGUAUGUCAAAGUGAGGUGUAGAUGUCGUUGCGUCGCCGUGGUGAUUAGCUUUCAGUACUGAGAUCGGAUCCCUUUCUAAAUGUCUUUCCACUGAGGCCAAAGUCCACUCCAGCACGGAUAUUUUGAGAAAUUCUUUUCUGCUGCAUCCGAAAAGCAACCGCAGCUUGACUGUUGACCAGUUUGCCCGUGCAUUAGGCAUACAAUGACGUGUCAUACUGCAAGUUAACUCACAGACGUCUGAGCAUUUUAAUCCAUUUCCAAGUGCACGUGCUCCUGAGGAUGCACAGACACUUCCUCUUACGGGCCUUACGUCUUAUUCCCAUGCGACGAUGAAAUGGACGAACAGUUGAAAAGAGGCCGCUUCAUUAGGAAGCCCCCCCACGCCCACCCCAGGCAGGCAGGACCCUUCCAAAUUUCCACGCCAUUAUUUCCACUAAUGAUACACACCAGGGGUGUCCUCACUUUUUGGCCACCAGCGAGGGACACAAAGUGGAACAUGAAAGGAUGCGACUUUAACACCUUGAUGUUUUCAACACAACUUCUGUAUAUUUCAAGUAAAAAGUGCAUCCCAGCUUUGUCGUAUACGGUAGGUGACAAAAAAUAUUCUCAACAUCAACUUCACUCUUUGCUCCUUUUUUUUUUUUUUUUUUUUUACCCAUUUAUGCAGUUUUUUGUUGUUGUUUUUUUUUUUUUAACAAAUACUUAAAUAAUCGUCAUAAAUGUAGUAUGAUGACUUUAUUCCCAAACUAUUUCCCAAACUUUCCCCCCAACCUAAUUUUCCAAAAACUUAUCAUUAUUACAUUAAAACAUUUAUUUUUUCGUUACUAUUUCCACUCUUCCACGCCACUAAAAUGACAUUAUUUUUUCUCGCAAUAUUCUGAGUUUAUUCUGGUAAAAAUGCAACUUUUUUCCUCUUUAUUCUUGUAAAAUUACAACUGUUUUUUUCCCAGCUAUUAUGACGUUAUUCCCAUAAUAUUCUGACUUCAUUCUUGUAAUAUUAAAACUUUUUCCGCAAACUAAUUUUCCAAAAAUUAUUAAUUUUUAGUUCUGUUUGGUUCUCAAUAUAUUACGAUUUGUUUCUUAUAUAUUCAUUUUUCAUAUUUCAACUUGAUGCUACUAAAAUUACAUUCAUUAUUCUCACUUUGUUCUGGUAAAAUUUUAGCUUUUUUCCCAAUUUUCUCUUCAUAAUUCCAACUUUAUUCCCAUACCAUUUUGACUUUAUUCUUUUUCCGCUAACUAACAACUUUAGUUUUGGUUUGGUUCUCAUAUGAUGACUUUUAAAAACCCGUCUGUUUUCUUGGCUAUUUCCACACUGUGCUGCUAAAAUGACAUUAAUUUUCCUCAUAAUAUUGAGAGUUUAUUCUCUUUAAAAUUGUGACUUUUUCUACUCAUCACAGUAUGGCUUUUUUCUUUUCAUAGUUUGACUUUAUUCUCGUAAGAUUACAGCUGUUUUUUUCCAACUAUUUCAACUUUUUUCUUGCCAAAUUUCUUUUCCUAAUUAUGACUUUAUUCUUGUAAUAUUAGAACUUUUUCGCCAACCUUUUUCCCCCAAAAAUUGCUAUUUUAUUUUUUGGUUUGUUUGGUUCUCAAAAUAUUCAUAAUAUAUAUUUUUAAAAAUGCAAAAAAAACUUUUUUCCAGUUAGAAUCCUAUGUUUUUCUCUUUAUACUUUGACUUGAUUGUAGUAAAAUGACGGCUCCCAUAAUAUUGUAACUUUUUCAGCAACCUAAUUUUCCAAAAAUGAUAAUUGUUUUGUUUCUCAUAUUAUAACUUAAAAAAAAAAAUACUUUUUUAACACUAUUUCCACUCUAUGCUACUAAAAUAUUGUUUUUCCUUAUAAUAUUACAAGUUUAUUCUGGUAAUAUUGCAACUUUUUUUCUUGUUGGAAUACAACUAUGACUUUAUUCUCAUGAAGUUACAGCUGUUUUGUCCAUACAUAGUUAUGACUUUAUUGCCAUAAUAUUUUGGCUUUAUUCUCAUAAUAUUAUACAUUUUUCCGCAACCUAAUUUUCCAAAAAUUACAAAUUUAUUUUGUUAUAUAUAUAUUUGAACUUUAUGCUACUGAAAUGAGAUUAUUUUUGCUCGUAAUAUUUCGACCUUAUUCUCGUUAGAUAGAUUCCAACGUUUUUCUUGUAAUAUUUUAAAUUUAUUCUUGUCAAAUUACUGCUGACUUUUCCAUUUUUGCUGUUUUUUGUUAGUUUUAUUGGUAAAUGAUGUUUUUUAGAUUGUGCCACGGGCCAAUAAGAAAAGCCGCCAGGGGCCACACUUUGGACACCCCUGUUAUCACCAGAGACACAAAUUCCAAAGGAUUCCGAAGGAAGAACGAUCAAAAAGCGGCAGGAAAAUGAUUCCAAGACCAGAAGGACACAGGAACCUCAUGUCACAUGGUUGUCGAGUUUUGGAAUGUAACCAAUAAAUAUUUUUGGGGGAAAUGUGUCCUGGAAAGUUGCAAGAACUUGGGGAGUUUGGACGGCCGUUGUGCGUGACAUCCCCAGCAGCGGCCCACAUGGCAGCCUGUCCCACUCUCUACAAAUACUAACAAAACAAAACCCAAACAGGAUAUGUCCUGGGAAAACAGGCGUUCCGUCACCCCUGGUGUGCAUUCUCCUUCAAAUAAUGAAUAGUUUUACUCGUCCGCAACACAAACACUGAAGUCUUUGGCCACAGGUUUCCAAAAGCUGCCUUUUUUAAGGACAAAAACUAAGGCCAAGACGUGUCGAAGAGUAUGCCUUUUUCACAUAUCCGUAUUGGUGUGGACGUGGCGUCACUGAGACUUUUUGUGAUGCAAACAUUCUAGCCUGUCACUCAAUCAGCACCUUUCCAUGCACGCAAUAGUCUCACCCUCACACAUGCACUAUCCGAAAUCAUGCGGGGGUUUGCGGUUAUUAAAAAGGCAGCUGGGACCACUGAGGUGUUUCCCGCAGGACUGCCAUCUAUUUGUGGUGGGGGGUGCAAACAUUAAAAAUAGUGAUGGAAAUUAUGAUGUCAUACCUCGUAGCGUGUGCCCAAAUACGGUGCACCCUGCUGAGCCACGCCAGGUGGCUCCUCCCCUUCUAUACUCUGCUUCUCCUGAUAGUAGUGAUGUCAUGAUAUUUCAACAGGUACACUUGGUCAAAUCCUCAUUUUUUCCUUCUUACCACCAGGUGGCCACAAUCGGUAUCAGUUUGAAAAAAAUGUAAAAACAACCCAAAUAGUCAUGGAAAAAAUGAUUAGAGCACCCUUGUUUCUUCAGUUCGUGUUCAUUUGAAUGCCUGAUGCAACUAAAAGUACCUUUGUUAGGACAACAAAAGUAGCUCACAAGAGUUCCAUUUUUUUGGCAAUGCAAUGCUAUAGCUAUUCAUGAUAUUGCUAUUCAUGUGAGAACAUAAGUGAUGUUGGUUAUUAUCAUGAAAAGCAUGGAAGUUGCUCGAUCUCAGCUCUUAUUAUGAGCUGCAUUUGUUGUCGUGAUGUUUGUCCAAACAAAUGUAGCUUUGGUUGCAUCAGGCGUUCAAAUGGACCAAUCAACUGAAGAAACAAGGCUGCUCUCAUUCUCUUUUCCGUGACUGUACAUUUUGAACUACAAAUGAACUUUCUUCUGUCGCCUCUUUUUCAUGCCGAGGUGUCCAAAGUGCGGCCCACGGCACAUUCUAAAAAUAUAAUCUCAUGAUAGAUAUCCUUGAAUGUCCUGAUGAAGUCAUGACAGACAUCCUUGAAUAUUCUGAUGGAUUCAUGACAGAUAUCCUUGAAUAUACUGAUGGAGUCAUGACAGAUAUCCUUGAAUAGUCUGAGUCAUUGCAGACAUCAUUGAAUAUUUUGAUGGAUUAUUGACAGAUAUCCUUGAAUAUUCUGAUGGAUUAAUGACAGACAUCCUUGAAUAUUCUCAUGAGUCAUGACAGACAUCAUUGAAUAUUUUAAUGGAUUAAUGACAGAUAUCCUUGAAUAUUCUGAUGGAUUAAUGACAGACAUCCUUGAAUAUUCUCAUGAGUCAUGACAGACAUCAUUGAAUAUUUUGAUGGAUUAAUGACAGAUAUCCUUGAAUAUUCUGAUGGAUUAAUGACAGACAUCUUUGAUUAUUCUGAGUCUUGACAGACAUUCUUGAAUAUUCUGAUGGAUGGAGUCAUGACAUCCUUGAAUAGUCUGACAGGGUAAUGACAUAUCCUUGAAUAUUGAUGGAGUCAUGACAGACAUCCUUGAAUAUUCUGAUGGAGUCUUGACAGACAUCAUUGAAUACUCUGAUGGAUUAAUGACAGAUAUCCUUGAAUAUACUGAUGGAUUAAUGACAGAUAUUCUUGAAUAUUCUGAUGGAAUCAUGACAGACAUCUUUGAAUAUUAUGAGUCAUUACAGACAUCCUUGAAUAUUCUGAGUCAUGACAGACAUCCUUGAGUAUUGUGAUGGAGUCAUGACAGACAUCCUUGAGUAUUGUGAUGGAGUACGUGGGUGAAUAGCAGCAUGUGUAGAAGUGGAAGAGGUUGGUAGAGUUGUUGUGCGUCCACGUAGAAAGAGGGUUUUGUGACGACGACAACAUGGAAGACAAAAGGCAAGCGAGUAAGAAGCAUUAGUUUUGCUGGGAGGUGAUGAAGAUGGACAGCGGAGUGUUGCAACAUGGCUGCUGCGUGCACGGAAAGGAGAUGAUGCGUCUUUCUCAUGUUGUCAUUUCACCUCAUUACCUCAGUUCAUUGCAUGCGUUUAUCAGCUUUUUUUUUUUUUUUUUUUGGUUUGGUGCUAUUUGUUUUGUACGCUUGAUCUUUUUUUGCACUGUAACGGUAAUACCUCCUCUUUUCCUUCUUGUUGUUUUUGGUUAUGUUUCACGGAGUUUAUGCGUUUCAAUGCGGACGCCCUUUCCAGUAUGUCAGCCGCCAUUGUGGAGGACAGCUGCGUUGUUCUCGUCUUCCAUUCCACACUUGAGCUGAAGCUAGGAAGCUGAGCGGGUAAAAACAAUAAUAGAAGAGCAUUUGAGGGCUUUACGUCCGUGUGGAAGUAAUGGGAUGACACUCAUGGUUGGGAAUGUGACUCCAAGGGACAGCCUGGAAAUACAGUAGAUCACAUUCCCAAACCAUCAAAAUAUCGAUUCUUCACACACGCCUCGUGCCUCCCCCUCUAAAAGCCUCCUGCUAGCUCGACUGCUCCGAUUUUGGAUCAACAUUUGCAAUAAAGGUGAGUGCUGUCAAGAUAAUGCAAAUAUAAAAUGUAUGGUGAAUGAAACAUCGUGGAAGAUGAGCCAUCAACACGUGGAAUCGGAGUCACAGCCUUUGGCGCUACAGCACAUUGUAAAAAUAUUCUCUAAAUAUUUAGAUGAAAACGUUGAAAUUUAACAGGAAAAAGUUGUCAUUUUACGAGAAUAUGAUGAGGGAAAGAUGUCAUUUUAGGAGCACAAAGGUUGUAAGCCGUAAUAUUAUGAGAAAGAAAACAACAAAUAAAGCCAUUUGGAAAAUGAGGUUGGUGAAAGUUAGAAGCUUAUGAGAAUAAAGUCAAAAUUUUAAGAGAAAAAAGUUGUAAUUUUACCAACGUUGUGACGUUAUGAGGAAUAAUAACGUCAUUUCAGUAGCAUAACGUUGAUCCAUAAAGGUUGUUUUUAAAAGUUGUAAUAUUUUGAGCAACAAACAAAACACUGAACAAAGUCGUAAUUUUUGGAAAAUUAGGUUACGAGAAGCCAAAACAUCAUGGGACUGAUAAGUAUUAAUCAGGGGAAGAAAAUUUACAAGAAGAAAGUAAGCAAUCGAGGAAAAUACUGAAUCGUGAUUAAUCGCGUUUUGUCCAUAGUUAACUCAUAAUUAAUUCCAUUUAAUUGCAGAUAGAAAUAAGUUUUUAUCCAAAAUCCAAUCAGAUGGGAAGCCAAAAAAUGUGGCUGGGGACCUCCCGAUUAGAAAGCGUACAAUGUUGACAUGUCUAUGUCGUUAUGCUUCACUGAUCCAUGUUUUUCCCCCUCAAGCACUGAGAUUUCCCACUUUGCUGGGCGGUCCUUGAACGUACCAUAGUUGUGCCUCCCAUUCCAUGUCUUGAUGGCUCAUCUUCCAUGAUGAUUGAUGAUGGUGAGUAGCUAUACGUUGAAUAAGCGUGUGAGGCAUAUUUAGCGAUUCAGCCUGGAUGGUGUGGCCAAUGAACACUCACGUUUUGGAGGUUUGCAGGGGGGAGGAGCGAUGGGCGUGUCAAUUUGCUGGUGGUCCCGGAACUUAACCCGUCAGAAAAGUGGUGAUCUGCUGUACUUUCUUAAAGGGACAUGACACAUUGGACACCGUGGACCGGUCUUUUGGGUGGGGGCAGGAGGUCGCAAUGCUUGCUGGUUGGUAGGGGAUCAAAUACCUAUUUCACAAAAUCAAAUACAAAUGAAUUUAUAACCUUUAUUUAAUGUUGAAUGUUAUUUUUGUUCCACAUUCUGUCGUUUUCUGUCCCAAUAAAUCUUCCAUGAAAAA